CCUCGCUGUCCUCGCCGGCAUGUCCGGGCCGCGGCUCGGACGCCCGGGGCUCGCUGUGCUGCUGGCGCUGCUGCCGCUGGCCGGGGCGGGAUGCCCGUGCUCCGAUUCUGCGCUUUGCCGUCCGAUCCGCCGGCGCCCGGACUUCGAGGUCUUUGUGUUUGAUGUUGGACAGAAAACUUGGAAGUCUUAUGACUGGUCACAGAUUACAACUGUAGCAGCCUUUGGAAAGUAUGACUCCGAGCUUAUGUGCCAUGCUCAUUCACGAGGGGCCAGAGUAGUGCUGAAAGGAGAUGUAUCCCUGAAGGAUAUCGUUGAUCCUACUUUCAGAGCAUCCUGGAUAGCUCAAAAAGUUGACUUGGCCAAAACACAGUACAUGGAUGGAAUUAACAUAGACAUAGAGCAAGACGUGGAUUGUUCAUCCCCCGAGUAUGACGCACUGACAGCUCUAGUCAGAGAAACCACAGCCUCUUUCCAUGAUGAGAUUGAGGGAUCACAGGUCACCUUUGAUGUAGCUUGGUCUCCAAAAAACAUAGACAGGAGGUGCUAUAAUUACACUGGAAUUGCAGAAGCUUGUGACUUUCUCUUUGUGAUGUCUUAUGAUGAACAAAGUCAGAUCUGGUCAGAAUGUAUUGCAGCAGCCAAUGCUCCCUACAGCCAGACAUUAACUGGAUAUAGUGACUACAUCAAGAUGGGCAUUGAUCCAAAGAAGCUUGUAAUGGGCAUUCCCUGGUAUGGUUAUGAUUACACCUGCUUGAAUUUUUCUGAGGGUGGAGUGUGCACUAUUGCUAAGGUCCCCUUCCGGGGGGCUCCAUGCAGUGAUGCUGCAGGACGUCAGGUGCCCUAUAAGACCAUCAUGAAGCAAGUGAACACUUCAGUUUCUGGAAGCCAGUGGGAUGCAGAUCAACAGGCUCCUUAUUUUAACUACAAAGAUCCCAAGGGCCAAUUUCAUCAAGUGUGGUACGACAACCCUCAGAGCAUCUCAUUAAAGGCAGCAUACGUCCAAGACCACAGCUUGCGGGGCCUUGGGAUGUGGAAUGCAAACUGUCUGGACUACUCAGGAGACGCCGUAGCCAGGCAGCAAACUGAAGAGAUGUGGGAAGUGUUGAGGCCAAAGCUGUCACCGAGAUGAACACCUUUUGUCAGAUUGUUAAGGUUUAGAAAAGUGACUGUGGUAGUUUGAGUAGAUGGCCCCCAAUAUAUUCAGUGUUUUAUUAGUUUGUAGUUUGGAUCUAUAGCCACCUGGCUGGAGGAGGUGUCACUGGGCAGAUCUUAAGGUGUGGUGGUGGG